GGGCGGGAGCGGGAGCGGGGCUGGAAUUGCUGGGAUUGCUGGGGCUGGAAUUGCUGGGAUUGCUGGGGCUGGAGCAGGCGGCACGGCCGGAGCCGCCGAGCAGCCUCGCUCUCUGCCAGGAUUUAUGGAGGUGCUGAGGAGCAGCUCUGAGCCCCACGACCCCCAGCAGCCUGCCCCGUGAAGCAACCCCCGUCCUCCUCACCACGUCUCGCCCCGCCAUCCCCACCCUCCGACUCAACCAUUCAAGGCUCCCGUGCAUGGAUCGCCCCAGCGAGGCGCCGCUCCCGGACGCCGCCGACGCCGCCCCGUAGGCUCCCGGCCCCCCGUGCCCCCCAAAAGUACUCCACAUACCCCGAUGGGGUAACGUGACGGGGGUCACCCUCCCGCCACCGACACCACCCCCCACCUAUGCCGAGGCCUUUCUAGAGCGCCAGGGACCGCGCGGCCCCGGAGGCGGCAGCCGCCGUCGCACGCACGCCGAGGACGCCGACACUACAGCAAAGGGAUUUUUUUGUUGUUGUUGUUAUUAUUAUUAAUUAUUAUUAUUGUAUUUUUUUUUUUCGUAAUUAUUAUCAUCAUCAUCAUCAUCAUUAAUAUUAUUUUCCCCCAUCUGGCUUUUUUCCCCGGGGAGGCUUUGCGGUGUGUCAAGGAAGCCGGCGCUCUCCCAAGAGCUGGGAUUUACUGUUUUGCACAACGUCUGUUUUGUUUUGAGUUCUCAACCCUGUUUUCUUUCGAAUUCUGAAGCGCGGAGGGGUUGUUCUUUCGGUGUUUUGGGUUUUUUUUCCCCCCCCCUCUCCGUGCCACGUUUUUCUUGGUUUUUUUGCCCUGCCACCCUCAGCACCACCUCACCCUCCGCCGUCCCACCAUGGCCCGGAUGAACCGCCCUGCGCCGGUAGAGGUCUGCUACAAGAACAUGAGGUUCCUGAUCACCCACAACCCCACCAAUGCCACGCUCAACACCUUCUUGGAGGACCUGAAGAAGUACGGUGCCACCACGGUGGUGCGAGUGUGCGAGGUGACCUACGACAAGACCCCCCUGGAGAAGGACGGGAUCACCGUCAUGGACUGGCCGUUCGACGAUGGGGCACCUCCUCCCAGCAAGAUAGUGGAAGAUUGGCUCAACUUGCUGAAGACCAAGUUCUGCGAAGACCCCGGCUGCUGCGUGGCCGUGCACUGCGUGGCCGGCCUGGGGCGUGCUCCUGUCCUUGUUGCCCUGGCCUUGAUCGAGAGCGGGAUGAAGUAUGAAGAUGCCAUCCAGUUCAUCCGACAGAAGCGCAGAGGAGCCAUCAACAGCAAGCAGCUGACGUACUUGGAAAAAUACCGACCAAAGCAGAGACUCCGAUUUAAGGACCCUCAUAACCACAAGAACAAAUGCUGCAUCAUGUAACCUCAGAUGACCUCUUGCCAAAACCCGUGCACACAGACACCCGGGCACUCACACGCAUCCCACCCCCUCACGCCCCUCUGCCCAGCCCCACGUGCCGCCCCCUGAGCUGGGGUGGGGGGACAUGGGGCAUCCCCACCCGUGUUCCAGCACCCACAGCACCAUGGUCUUGCUGGACCCCCCUCCCAAAAAAAGGCUGCUGUCUGCAGUGCCCUCCCCGAGGAGGGGAGGCAGCCCUGCCCUUGGUGUUAGCAGGCAAUGAGCUCACGUGAAGGUCCUUCAUCGCCUUCCUCGUCCUCCUCCUCCUCCCCUUGCACUGAGAGGGAUGGGUGGAUGGUGCUUGGUUUGGGGUGGUGCAGGCAGGGCUGGGCCAGCUGAGGAGGGAUGGGGAGCCGGAGGGCUGGAGCACCCCCAGAAAAAUCCCUUUCCCACCUCUUCCCUGUAAAUAAGGGCUGCAGCAGUGGGGCACAGAGGUGGGGCUGGAGCAGUGGCCUUGGAGAGGAAAGGUGGUGGUGGCAGGCAGAGGUGAAGGGGGCUCGUAGCUUCGUGCUGGCUCUGUGGCCACAGGAAGGGCUGAGCUAAUUCCCCCCAGCACUGUUCCUAUUCUCCUGGUCUUUCUUCCUCUUCACCAUCUCCUCAUUGCCUUGAUGCCCCGGGAUGGGGCUCGCUGAGGGCUUGCUGCAGCAAAGGCAGAGGUGCUGGGAAACUCAGGGACCGUGGCAGGGCUUUGAGGCACCCAGCUUUGCCAGGCUGCGGGGGGGCGAGGGGUCAGCACUGGGUCCCCCAAACUGGGUCCCCCAAACUGUGGGGUGCUCUUCUUCGUAGCUUCCAAAUUCAAUGCACAGGGUGGUGGGUUCUCUCCUGUCGUGUCCCCAUCGCUGAGCCGUGGCGCAAACCCCAGUUGUGGCUGCCAUACCCCGGGGACACAAUGUGCAUCUCAGGGCACGUCCAUGUCCUCCACCACUGCCUUUGCUGGCCACGGGGCUGGGCUGCAGCUUUCCUGGUGGGAUUUUUGGGUGCUCCCGGCAAGAGCACAUCACCAAAUUUUGCACCUGCCUUCCCCACGACCGUAACACGGCGCCCAGCACCCCGAAACCCCUCAGUUUGUGCCCUGGUGGGGUGAACUUGGAGCUGCCCCCGAGCUGGGACAUUAAACAUCUCUCAACUUUGCCUUUGAACACUUGCAGCAGCUGGAGCAGUGAGCACACAGAGGGUGUGGGGGGGUGGGUUUUUUGUUUUUUUCUUUUGAUGAGGAUAAGAAGAGAUUUGCUAAUUAAAGGAAAAACAAACAAACAAACAAACAAAAAAAACAUCUUUAAAAAAAAAACAAACCUGUUUGUCUUCCACACGUGCUCUGGCCUUUCUUUCUCCCAUUGCUGCCCAGUGGAGUCCAGGAGGUGACCCAUGGCAUCCCAGACUGAUCCCCCACACGAGGUCACAGCCAGCUGCUGUUUACUGUCACCAAGGGCACACAUGUGGCCCAGGGGAUGCUCCAGGUGUCCUUUGGGCUCACUGCUGCUCACCCCCACGGCCACAGAGGGUCACAGUUGUUGGGGCAAGAAAGGCUGGUCAUCCAGCAGCUUGUGGUUUUAGGCUGCCCAACUUGGGAUGCCUCUAGUGCCCUGUGUUGAUUAUCUCCAGAGGAUUGAGUGCCUUCCAAAAUGUAGACCACCCAGAGACAUUUGCUUCAGAGGGUUCAUCUCUUGGGGUAAGCGGUGAGGAAAGCUGGUUAGACAACUUCAGUACCUGCAGAAGGGCAGGGGACAGCUUUGUGCCACCACACAUGGGAAGGGGAGGAGCUUGGAGCAAUUUCCAGCACCACUCCUUUCUCAAUGGGAGCCAGCCCAGCUGAAUGGCAGGGAUAUCCAUCCCAUGGGACAGGCCAUGGUGAGGAACAAUGCAUGGACCCUCCAUCCAUGGUCCCAGAGCUGUCAUGCUACACACCUCAGGCCUGCCCAAUCCCCCACGUGGUGGGAUAGCCUUCAGUCUUGAGUUUCUCCUGCCCCAUUCCAGGCUGUUGAUUCUAGUGGGACAUGUCCCUGCCCAUGCAGGGGGGUUGGAACUAGAUGAUCUUUAAGGUCCCUUCCAACCCAAACCAUUCUAUGAAUCCUGUGUUUCAUGGGGAAUGCAGCAACGGUUAAAGGGUCUGCAUUGGUUUGGAAGGGUGAGAAGCUGGGCUGAUAAAAAAGGUGUGAUCUUCUGUUACAGCCAUUUCACUGUCCAUCCCUUCCUGCCACCACUGUGUCCUCUUGCUGCUAAAAUAGGUGCUGCUUCAUCCUCAGGAGCAGCAGGAGGUAUCUUGGCAUUGCAGUGGGGACAGCCCCAAUCCCUCUUAGCCAGGAGACCUCGCAGUCCCGUGUGUUCCUCAGUCACACCAGGCUGUGCCAUGACUUGUGAAGAGUUUAGGAUAAAGUGUUGGGAAGCAGCUGCUCUGCAGGCUUGGAAACGUUUCUGCCCUGGCAAGAGGAGAAGAAAUGUUUCCCUCAGCCUUGCUCCUGAGAGCAUCACGUGGUGGAUUGCCCAGGGCAAGCAGUCCAGGGCUUCAGCCUCAAUGCUUUUGAGUUGAGGUCAGGAUGGGGACAGAGGGGCUUGAGUUCAGCCUCCUUUGGCCACAGGAACUCUUCUCCAUGCAGGGUUUGAUGGUGGAGGUGCUCAGUGCUGAACUCUGUUGGGACUGCACUCAAAGCACAGCUUGGUGGGCCUGUUUGGGGGAACACAAGGGGGACAGGCUUUGUAGUGCUCCUUUGCUUAAUGUAGCAUCAACCCAACCACCUUAGAAGUAGGGAGCUUCUAGUGUAAGAUUAGUCCUUGACCUGGUACAAUCCGUGUGGCCAAAUCCUGAGCACCUCUGGCUGGCAGAGCAGCAUCUUGAUGCUGUUGAGUUUUGUGAGUCCCUGCAAAGAAAACCCCUCCAAACCAUGCUGCUUUAAUGGUCCUGAUUUUUCCCUCUUUUCCUUUUCCAAUGUGUGUAUUCCCCCUGUUCUGGAACCAUCACUUUCCAUGUGCUGCUUCAUGGACAGGGCAUCUCCUUGCAUGGAGGUUUUGAACCCGUUCCAAGGUUUCUCUGGGUUGAACUGCCAAAUACCUGAGAUUUGUUGAUGUGAACUUGGGCUCCUGCCUCUGAGGCACCAGCUCCUCAGUGUUGCAGCCUAGAGAGGGUUAUGUAAACAUAACAGGCUGGGGAAAUUGAGGGGUCUUCCAACUGAGUUUUGGGUUAGAAAUCUCAAGGAAGAGCUCAGGUCCUUCACAACAGUCUUGGGACAGUUGGGGAAGAGGGGAAGUUGGAGCUCAGUAGACACGUAGCAGCAGAGCCAGGCCUAAGCAGCCAAGGGCUCAAGGUUUGGACUAUUUUGGGGUCUCUCCUUGUACACUAAUCCUUGUUUCACCUCAGAUGCCAAAAUGUUGACAAGAGAGCCUUAAAAAUCUGACAUACUUGCCAAUUCUGGUUUUGCUCCAGUUGUCUCCACUGGGUCUUGGCAAAUGUCAUAGAGAACAGAUAACCCCAUGGCUUUGCCUACAAGCCAGCCACCUUGUCCUGCCCUCUUCUGCAGAAGCAAAGGCAUAAAUUGGGUUUUAUACCUCAACACCACUAUCCACCUCCCUCCCCCCCUCCUUGGAAACCCACCAUCUUUCUCUAGUUGACAGGGACAGGGCUCCAAACUGGUUGAGCUGUGGAAACCCAAGGACCGGCAAAGGAAAGAUACCCCAGCUAUGAACCAAGAGCUUCUAGGCUUUGCCCAGGAAUCAAUCACAUCUGAACCUUGCCUAGGGGAAUAAAUCUGAGCAGGAGCUGGUAGUUGUGUCCUCUCACACGUCUGGUGACACGUAUUUAAAGACUUUGCAUUUGCAGCUUCAUGUUAUGAGUCUUGCAAUAAGGCUGGCGCUGGUGCUUGGGCUGAGAGCUUCAGAUGAGGAGGUUUAUGAGGAACAGAUUUCCUGAGGAAGCAAAGAGUUUUUGCUCCAUCUACAAUAGAAAGAGUUGCUUUUUUCCCCCUUUUUCUUCCCCCCCCCCCUUUUUUUUUUUCAUUUUUUUUUAAUUUUCAUUGGGCUUGUUGAUUUUUUAGUAGCCCCAGUGGGAAAGCAAGCAGGGAGAUUGCGUGACUUCCAGGGUCUUUGAUCUCGUUCACUUCCAGAGGGCUGGGUAGGUGCAGUUGGAUGGGUGGAUUUGGAUUGGGAUACUGUCCGGAGGGAGAAAAAUGUGGCUAGUUCCUUUGCUCAGUGGGGGGUCACGGGGGCCAACAUUCCCAGGGAGUGGGUAAUUUGCUUCCCCUCAGACAACAAUCUCCCAAUGAACUCUCGCCUUCCCUGCUGUUUCUUUCUGUGCAACAAAAGAACUGCAUAUUUUCCUUUUUAACUCCGUGGGCAACCGUAGUAGCGUGUAGAUUAAGCCCAGAUGACUUCUUUUUUUUUAAUUUAUUUUAUUUUUAAUUGUGGGUUGUUUUUUUUUUUGGUCUGAGCCAUAGCUAAGUUAUUAUCCCCCCCUGCUUUUUGUAUCAGACGGCAUCACUUGGAAUAUGCAGAUGAGGUAUAGGAUCUUGACACUUUAUAACCUUUUUAAAAAGAAUCUUGUCUGUUUACUUACAUCUUGUGUAAAAAGGAAAAAAAAAAAAUGUAUGCCUUUUAGUAAUCACUUUUUUUUUUUGAGGUUUUGUUGGUUUUGGUUUUUUUUUUUGAGUUUUAUGAAAUAAUGGUGGUUUCACUCCAGCAGCGAAAUAAAAAGCGUUCACAGUUUUGUACA